UUCGUAAGCCCAAAAAGGCUCACAUUAAUAGUUUCUCAUUUUGAAAAUACGAUUAUUUUGAAGAGAGAGAAAGACAGAGAAGCCAAAACGGGGAGAUAUUUGCCGCCAUAUCCGAUUCGAAUCGAAGCCAUUCUUCAUCUUACACAGCAAGAAGCUUUUCCCGCCAAAUCCGAUUCCCAACCGGAGGUCUGGAGUACCGCAUUGAAAAAACGCCUUCGUUCUUUGUCUGAGAGGUGCAGGUUCUUUUUACUUCUCCGAUCGGAAUUGCCUCCAAAAAAAAGGUUCGGGUAUGGAAAUUCUUCGAUUUUUUUUAUAUAUUUUUUUUUCGCGCCAUUUCUCUUGGAAACCUAAUUUUCUGCUCCAGAUUUUUUUUAAUUUUAACAGUUUUUAUUUUUUUAUUUUAUUUUUUUUUAAUUUUUUUGUUUUUGGUGAUUCUCUUUUGGUUGGUUGUUUGGCUUUUGGAGAAGUUCAUACAGUUUGAGCACAAUCUGAUCGACGCCAAGUUCUGCUAGGGUUUCAUUUCUUUCUUCUCUGAGUUUGCUUCAGUUUGGGAAAUGAUAGAGGUUGAAAUUUCGAGGCAAAGUCAAAAUCAUGACCGAGCUUUUGGUGUUUUCAUAUGUCCGAAUCUUUUCCCACUAAAAUUCUGAUUUUCUCCUUCUAUUUUUUUUAUUUUUAUUUGUAUUUGGGGCAAUAUACUUAAUAUGGUGGCUUCAGCGACAAAAUUUCAGAGAAUAGUUUGAGAGACCGAGUGACAAGCAGAGUUAUCCAGGUUUUUGUGUUUCGCCUAAUCUUUCAGAUGAUUAUGCCCAAGAUAUUCAUGGAAUCAGCAGUGAAUUUUUAAAGGCGGCAAUGAGAUGCAAUGCAUGCUGGCGAGAACUGGACGGGCGAGCUAUUGCCACGACCUGUUUUCACCUUUUGUGCACAGAAGAUGCCAGCAAGAUUCUUGCAAAUGAUGGAUCAUGUCCAGCUUGUGAUCAAGUGCUGUCUAAGAGUCAUAUGAAACCUGUGGAUGUCAACCCAAGUGAUGAAUGGACAAAUAUGGCCAUGGCUGGAGUGUCCCCUCAGAUAUUAAUGAAGAGUGCAUACAGAAGCGUGAUGUUCUACAUGGGACAGAAGGAAUUGGAAAUGCAGUACCAGAUGAACCGAAUAGUAGCUCAAUACCGACAGAAAUGUGAAGCAAUGCAAGAAAAAUUCACAGAAAAACUGGAGCAAGUGCAUACUGCAUACCAGAAAAUGGCCAAGAGAUGUCAAAUGAUGGAGCAAGAGAUCGAGACCUUAUCCAAAGAUAAGCAAGAGCUCCAGGAAAAAUUUGCAGAGAAAUCUAGACAGAAGAGGAAAUUAGAUGAAAUGUAUGAUCAAUUGAGAAGUGAGUACGAGUCAGUGAAAAGAUCUGCUAUCCAACCCGCAAAUAACUUUUAUUCAAGAAAUGAGCCUGAUUUGUUCUCCAACCCAUCUAACAUGAUGGAUAAUAGAGAAUCUGUUAGAAAAGAUUGGCGUGUUAACACUCCUGAAACUCCAGGGCCCAGAGAGGAUAUAUGGCCGGCACGACAGAAUAGUUCAAACUCAGGUGGUCCUUUUGAUAUUUCGAUUGGCUCACCGGCUAAACAAGCUGGCGUGCCAGUUGACACUGGGAAUAGAAGAGCUGGUGCUCACCCUGUUAGCAACCCCUCAAUGACUCUAAGGAACUUGAUACUUUCCCCAAUAAAGCGGCCUCAGCUCUCUCGAAGCCGCCCCCCGCACAUGUUCACGUUAUAGACUCAAUGUGGUGGGACCUGCUUCGGUUAAUGUGGAAAGCUUAGUUUGGCUGUAUAAAAAAAUAAAAAAUAAAAAAUAAAAAAAAAAUUUCUUUUCUUUUUCAAUUGUCAUCGCCUGACAAUAUUGUGCAUAUUUUUACCUCACAGAAGAAAAGGCAUUCAAAUAGUUCUUAUUA